AUGGCACGUCACAGGUUGGUGUUGUUGUUCGUGUCGCUGCGGGUCGCUUGCGACGCCGACUUGUUCUACGGCCCCGAGGAGUUCCCCGAAGCCGCCGUGGAGGCGGAAUUGCCGUUGGGCUUUGGUUACGGCCUUCCCGAAGAGGCGCUACAACAGGUGGAGCAGAAUGUUGUUGAAGUAGGUUGUCAAAAAAUGGGUUGAACAAGAAUUUUCAAAAUCUUUUUUUUUCUAAAAAAUUUUAUAAAUUCUCAAUUUUUCUCUCGGUAUCACAAGCCAAUUUCCCCUUUGCCAAAAUUCGUCAUUCCUAGACGUUUUCCGACAAAAAGAGAAUCAAAUUUUCGAAAACUCCCAAAUAAUUUCGCAAAAAUAUGUCAUCAUGACAAUCUUUGGGCUAAAAAGGAAGUGUGAAAUUCAACCCCUAGGCGAUUGCAUUAUAUUUUCUAAAAAAAUUUUGGACUUAAAGUAUGACGUCAUGUCUUUUUGUUUUCCGCUUUAAAAAUGUUUUUUAGAUUUUUCGAAGCAAUCCAAAUUUUCUCCAAAAAAUGGCUUGUAUACGGAACGUAUUUUCAAUGAUAUUCUAGAACAGAAAUAUCCAAAACUUAAUUUAUUUUGCCGCAUUUUGUCCCAAUCCAUCAGAAAUUCAACAAAUAUUUUUAGUUUUGCCCUUGAAUAAUGAAAAACGUGAUGAAAAUUUAAAAUUUCUUAAUUAUUAUGCCUUUUUCAUUGUCCGUAGAUUACAUUUACGCUCCAAAAGACCGCAAAAAGGUCUUGCUUAUAUAUCUUUUUACUGAGAAAUCUUCAGAAGUACGAUUUUUUGACCUAUGAACAUGAUUUUUUAAAACGAAGAUUUCAGGGCUACUGUAGUUUCGAUUGUUAUUUUUUCCUUUCAAGUCCAAAGUAGUUUUCCUCAAGGGUUUCUGUCAUCUUAUUCCACUCGAAAUUACAUCUACAAUCCUCACGCAAUUUGACAAAAUCGAGAUUUGAAGGUCAUUAAUGUGUGUAAAGCAAAAAUGUAACUUCAAAUUUUCUUUACACUCAAAAUUACGCAAAAAAGAUUAUAUGAUUUUUGAUCAAACUUCUCAAAAAUUUAGAUCAUUACUUUCUUAGGCAUACAUGAUAUUUUUAGCUCGCGUUUUGCGGAAAUCAUCCAGAUUUUUUUUCUCCAAAAAUCCGAAAAUUCGAAAUUUUCGUGCGAUUUCUAAAUAAAAACUUGGCAUUCUGCAACAGCUGUAGAGUAGGACAUAUAUAAUAAACACUUUGUUUUGCAACGUAUAUAAUAUUCACAGAGAUACAGCCAAAAGCGAUUUUAUCAGAUCGUCUCUGCAUUUCCUAUGGUCUCUCGUCUGAAAACGAGAGAUCAUGGGAAAGUCGUUGAAAACCUGUGCUUUACAUUCAAAUUGAGAGCUGAAAUUUUCCACGUUUGAUUAUUGGCCUACAACAAAUAUCCAUGACAAUUUUGGUGAAAAUCUGAGAAAUCAAAAUACGUCAUUGGCUGUUUUUUCCGCGAGAUUCUCAUUUUCCAACUUAUAAAUAGUUAGUAAAAAAGCUGGCAAAAGUACCACCGAAAUACGACCAUAACUGCCAAACACAUCUCAAUUUACGACUAUUUUUCUCUUCUUCUAUUACUAUUUUUGUCCCAAUCACGACAAUUUUUUUGUCAUCAUUUUACAACCACGUAAUCUUUUUUUAUGUUUUUGUAAUUUGAAACUGUACAAGACCUACUUUCGUGAAAAUACGAAGAGCUGUCUUUUACAAUAACAAAAUUCUCUCAUGCUCUUAGGGCGUCUAGACAUGCCUGUGAGCUACGCAUGCAUUAAUAAAAACAUGUCAUUUUUGAGUUUGGAUUAGAUAACGAGAUGAACACUGGCCUCUAAUCUCUGUUUUUUGGGCCCGGUAAUAAUUAAAAAUUUACAAUAGCUCUCCUUCAGGGCUACUGUAAUUUUUUUGAGGUCAAAAUUUCUCACUCACGUAAUUUUUUUACAUUUUACAACUAAAAAUUUUUUUACAACUGAUGUUGUAAAAUGAAAAAUUCGUUAAAAUAUGAUGUGCAAUGGUGUCUUAGAGUGUCAUAGACAGUUUUAUGCAGCUCUUCGUUGCAGGAGCCCGAACUUCCCCAAGCCGCAGCCGAUUUUGUCCCAGAAAAGUUUGGCCAAGUCAGUGGAGUGGCCCUAAACAGCCAAAAGCAAUUGGUCGUUUUCCAUCGAGGAGACCGUGAAUGGAACCAGUUGUAAGUUUCAUGCAACACUUUAGUCAAUAUUCUUUUUUAAAAUCAGAUUUUCCAGCGAUUUUCUCUAAAAAAGCCCUUAUUUUAGAGGUUUUUGAUGAUUUUCGGCGAUUUUCUUUGAGAAUUCGCCCCUUUAAUGGCCGCUUUUUUGAUCAGUCUGAUGGAAUAUUCUAUGUAAAUUAAUUUCAGCUCCUUUUCCAACAAGAAUGAGUUCAACUCGUCGCUCUCGCCCAUCCAGAACAACACCAUCACCAUCAUUGAUCCCACUGACGGAAAGAUUGUCCGCGAGCACGGUGCCAACCAGUUCUACAUGCCGCACGGGCUCACCAUCGAUCACGACGACAAUAUCUGGCUGACCGACGUCGGACGUCAUCAGGUCAUCAAGCUGAACAAGGACUUCCAACCUAUCUUCACGCUGGGCGAGAAGAUGGUGCCCGGCGACGACAACACCCAUUUCUGCAAGCCCACGGACGUGGCGGUCGCGAAGAACGGCGAGUUCUUCGUCGCUGAUGGCUACUGCAACAGCAGAGUCAUGAAGUUCGACAAAGAGGGCAACUUUAUUGGCUCGUUUGGCCAUGCGAACUCGGGAAUCUCCCCAAAAGCCGGCGAGUUUUUCGUCCCCCAUUCCCUGGUCCUCAUCGAGGACAUGAAUAUGAUCUGUGUGGCGGACCGAGACAACCAUCGCAUUCAGUGCUUCACGGCGGGAUUAGUGCCCAAAGGCGCUCAUCAGAGAGCCGUUAUCCCGACCGGAACUUUUGUCACCAAGGCCGAAAACGUUGGAAAAAUCAUGGCACUGAGGGAAAAGAGUAAGUCCGGAAGGCUUGAAUCUGGUCUAGACUAGCUCCAUGGGUUUUAAUAUAUCUUUUAAUACACCAAUCUCCUCUUUUUUGGUUGAGUAUCAACCAUUUUUUUAACUAAAUUGUUAAUCAUCUCCAGUAUAAUAUAAAAAAGUUCAGAAUUCCAAAUUUUCCUAAUCCCUCCCUUCUUUUCAGACCAUUACCUCGUCGGAGUCACCAACACCGAGCCCCUGAUGAACAACGAAUACGAUCUGUUCAUCAUGGACAUCAACACCGGCAAAGCGAACACAAUUGCCUCAGGCAUUGAAGACGCCCAUUCCUUGGCGGUCAGCGAGAACGGACAAAUCUUUGUGGGCCAGCUCGGCCCCAAAGAGGUCGCGGAAUUCGAAUUGCCAACUGAACCGACCUUCGAGGAAUAG